AUGCUACACGAUCAUAACAAAAAAAUUAAAAAGAAGGACCAAGAAGACAAUGAACCUACUAAUGACAAUAAACAAACCACUAAUAACAUUAAUCUAUCUUUGUUCGAUUCCAUGCUAGAAAUUCUACCUGAUGAACUGGAUUAUCUGACAACAAAUACUGCUACUACAACAACAACUAAUGAUAACUACAGCAAAAGUCAUCCAAUAGAUAUUUCAGAUAAUCAGCAAAAUGGUGAAAUUGCUCAACUAUGGGAUUUCAAUGUAGACGAAUUUAUGAUGACCCCAAGCAAUUCUAGUGGUAGUGCCACUAUAUCUGCUCCUAACAGUUAUUCAAGUGAAAGGAACGGUGGUACCAAUAUCUCACUCAAUGAUCUUAAUAACACUACCACGAUCAAUAAUAUACUGUUGAGUUCUUCCAACACUUCAAGCAAUGGAACCAUCCUGCUAAGUAAUAGUGUUGGUAAUUCUCUAAUAGAAAAUAAUACCGCUAAUACUAUCCCUACCAGUAAUAACAAUAAUGGUUUAUCUAAUAUAUCAAAGCAUUUUAUAACGCCGUCUUCUUCUUCUUUUAGAAACACUAUCAUAGGAAGUGGUGUUGUGGGUACACCUCCUUAUACCAAUAUGUCUCUUCUUUCCCAUUCUUCUACUGUUAACAAUACCAAUACUAAGAAUAAUAUACGAAAGAAUAUAAACACAGCAACUAAGAAAUCCAUCAAUAAUAACAAUCUUCCAUCUAAUGUAGCAAAGCCUCACGUCCAAUGUUUCAAUUGUAAGACAUUUAAAACACCUCUUUGGAGAAGAGAUCCACAAGGAAACACCUUAUGUAAUGCAUGUGGGCUAUUUCAAAAAUUGCACGGUACUAUGAGACCUCUAAGUAUGAAAACUGAUGUUAUUAAAAAGAGAAACACCAAGAAGAGAGGUUCUAAUAGAAAAGUCGAAAAAACCAAUGUAGGGAUUACUUCUAACAAUAAUAAUAGUAGUAGUAGCACUAAUUUAUUAAUGGAUAAUACCACUGGUGACAAUAAUGAUAGUAAUAGUAAUAUUUAUUAUUUAUCGCAUUUUGAUGUUAAUAAUACAAAUAAUAAUGACAAUGUUAGGAAAAAUAAUAAUAAUGAUAUUAAUAAUAUUAAUAAUGGUGAUAUUAAUAAUAAUAAUAAUAAUAAUAAUAAUAAUAAUAAUAAUAAUAAUAAUAAUAAUAAAAAUAAUAAAAAUAAUGUACGCACAAUUAUAGAUUCACCAUUGAAGAGUUCAUCUUCUAUUUCUACCAUAAAGAAAACAAGAUCACUUUCAUCUUCAUCAUCUUCCCUUAAUAGUCAUUACAAUAAUACAAAUAAUAAUAAUAAUAAUAAUAAGCGUAGGGAUAGCACUUCUAGUUCUGUAUCUUCAGGUAGUUCUUCAAGAUCGACUGUAGUACCAAUAUUACCUAAACCACCAGCUAGUUCUAACAGUAACAAUAGUGCCUCUACGAAUUUAUAUUUAGCGAACAAUACCGAACGUAGUAAUAGCAGUAAUAACAUAAGUACCCACAAUAGUCCUAGAUAUUCUCCCAGAUAUUCUAUGGCCUUGUCCGCGUCGCCGUUACCCUUUAACACCGCCACUACUGCAACUACUAUUGCUACUGCCACCAACAGUAAUGGUAAUAACACUACUAACACCAUAUAUAAUGGAUUGAAUCAUUCUUCAUUUACAAAUAUAUACAGUAUGAACAAUAUUUUGGACAGUAAUAGCGGGAAUACUUCUAACAGCACACCUACUACACCCAUCCUAUCCACUUCAUCUAGUGGUACUGGAAUUGCUAUACCAAGAAAAAAAUCCACAAGAGGUUUUUAUUUUAAUUCUCCUUCCACUCCUUCUUCCAGUCUGACUAAUAACAACAAUUCAAGAACUAGUACUAAUGUAAAUAUACUUAAUAACAUUAACAAAGGGAAUGUUGGUGGUAGUGCUAAUAAUGUAAGUAGUUCCAGCACGACCAAUACUACAAUGAAUGGGAGUUUAACCUCUUCGUUAACUAGUACGACUACUAUGAACACAAACAUUUCUUCAUUUUCAAAUGGUUUUAAACCCAUAAGCAAUACUAUUGGUGAUAGUUCCAUUAAAAACAACGGUAAGUUGGCUACAAAUGAUGAUAAUAACAAUACUGGUGCUUCUAAUACUACAACACACACUUCGCUAUUGAGUCAACAAUUGAGAAAUCAUAAUCAUAUUAGUAGUAUGUAUAAUUCACUAUAUGGCGAAUUAAAUGGGAAUGGUAAUGCUUCUAGUACCGUUAAUAGCAAUAAUAGUACUGGAAUGUUCAAUAAAAAAAAUGAAAAUCCAUUAAAAGAUACACAAUUAUUAUACACAAUUCCUAAUCCCGAUGCUGUCGGUAUUCCUAAUAAGAAUAAGACCAAUAAUAAUAAUAAUAAUAAUAAUAAUAAUAAUAAUUGUAACAGUAAUGGUAAUAAUAGGACCUUUAAAAGACAUACCAAUAAUAUAACCACUAUUAAUAAUAAUAAUGUUAUUAGUAAUGUCACUAAAGGUAAUAAGAAUAUAAUGGAUGAUUUAGAAUGGUUAAAAUUCGGAAUGUAA